AUGACAGGGAUGGAAAGAAGGAGAAGAAGAAGAAGAGGAGGAAGAGGAAAUAAGGAAGAGAGGGAGGAAUCGACCAGCAGCUAAGAAGUUCUUCGUGCAGGAGACGUUUGACGAUCUUCCUGCAAGAGUAGAACAUUAUUGAUGUUAUCUGAUAACUGACGAUAUAGGAGUUAAGAUGCAAGAAAUGUAAACUUCAACAGUUUGAAAUAUAUUAAGAGAAGACUUUGUGGGUGACUGAAUAUCAAGCUUAAAGGAAAUUCAGAAGAUUACCAUCAGGCUACGUUAGAAACUGUUUUCUGUAGCAUCAGAGAUGCGGCACCAGGAGCCAAGGUUGCUAAGUAAGCUGUUGGCAUUAUUGCAGUGUAGAGCUCGUAAGCUUGUGAAAUUCCAUAUGAGAGGUGAACGUCAAGGUUGCAAAUAUGAAAUCAGUAGAGUUAAUUAGAAUAGUUAAUUAUUAAAUUAGAGAAUGUGUCUUGGUUUCCAAUAACUAGUAGGUUAUGUGAAUGAAAUUUUUUUUCUAAUGACAGAUAGGUAAUCUGAAUGUCUGGUAUGAUAUUAGAACCAGAUUAGUGUGCCAUAUUUAACAAAAAAUGGAAAACGUGGUUGGUAACAAAAAGCAGAAGAGUGGGGUUGAUAGGAUGCUGAGAGGGGAAGAUGAGAGAAAGUGUGAUGAGUGCCAUUCUCUUGAUAAUGGAAGUUGUCUAAAAUGUCCUGCAGAGUCGGCAUCAAUAGGCUGGAGAGACGAUCGCAUGAAUUGCACGUCUCUUGAAUCGAAGGAUAUUGAGAAGAGGUACACGUGUGGAGAGUGCAGCUCCUCUUUUAAAAGGUGGAGUUUAUUGCAGGCUCACAAGAGGAAGCACAAUGAUGGUCCACCUUUUUCUUGCUGUGAUUGCGGACAGCAGUUUGAAAGCAAGGAUGAGUGGGUGGAUCACAGGGAGGUAGGAUGUGGUUCAGCCAACAUCCACUCAUUCCCACACACCAAUCACAACGUUUUGCUCAAUGGAAAAGGACAAAGAUCUCGCAAGGGAAAGAGUUUCAAGUGUGCCCGUUGUACCAAAUCUUUCAAGACUUUGGGCUCGAAGAAUGAUCAUGAACGUAACGUACAUAAUCCUGUGCGUUGUUACAGCUGCAGUGAGUGUGGAAAAUCGUUCUAUAAAAAGUACAACCUCAGCAUUCACAAGGAAACACACCGUGAUGAUCGAUCUCAUGUGUGCAAAAUGUGUGGCAAGAAAUUCAAGACUACUCAGGGGGUAAGAAUGCACAUGGAAAGUCAUUCGAACGAAAGGCCUUUCAUGUGCGAAAUCUGUGGUAAAGUUUUCAAGACUCGUGCCGUCCUGGAGAGUCACACAGCCAUCCACACUGGUGAGACAAAGUACAGCUGUAGUGUCUGUGGGAAAGCCUACCGCUAUCGUGCAUCACUGUUCAUUCACAUGCGCACACAUUCAGGAUAUAGACCCUACAGUUGCUCUGAAUGUGAUGCAUCCUUCAUGGUGAAGAGUCAUCUUACAGAACACAUGAGGAGCCACACUGGGGAACAUCCUUUUGUGUGUAAAUUUUGUUCUGCAUCUUUUACAAGGGCUAUUAGUCUCAAGAAGCAUCUAAAAUCACAUGUAAAGGCAGGGUGCAAUGUGAAUAUAGAUGCUGCAAUGUACCACGCAAAGGUGCAGGCAUUUGUAAAGCCUCGAAAGCCAUAUGCAUCCCUCACUGAGCCAAAUACCUCUCCUGCAAUACCUAAACUGACUCACAUCAUCCAAGAUAAUGUAUUAUUGAAUGCUAAAGAGAGAAUUGAGCUUUUUGUGGACCAGCCAUCAGAUGAGAAAGAGCUUACUGUUAUUAAAGUUUCAUGCUUAGACGAGACAGGACUAUGUGCCUUUGAUAUUGUACAGACUUCUUCAGAUUAUGAUCUGUUAUGUAAAUCAGAUGAGAGUGAUUUAAUUGAUCAGCAGACCAGUCACAACAGAAAAGAGAAAACACUGUACAUGAAAAAGAUUCAAGUUGUUUCUAGUUCUGUGGAGGGCAGAAUGGGCAAGGAAGUCAGAGCAAUAACAUCACCGACUGCUGCAAAUGCCCAGAAUACUGUCAGUGGGGAAGGAAUUGUAGAGUCUGCCCUUCCUCCUUACUUGACACAAGAGGGUAGUGUCCAGAGUAGAAAGCUAGAGGAGGAGACAGAUUGGUUAGAUUCUCAGGGUGUCAUUGUGGAUGCAGUACUUGAACUGAGUGUCAGUAACAAUGAUAAAGAAAGUAAUGAUCAUUAUAACCUAACAGAAACAGAACAUCAGAAAGUCAUUGUGACAGAAGUAAUUGCUAGUGAAAACUCAAAAAUUUCGACCCAGAUAGAACGAUCCAAUAAUUAUAAUGAAAGGAAAGAGGAUGCUGCUGUAAACAGUACUGUUGUUAGUAAAUCAGGCCACAUAGAUGAAUCAUUUGAGAGUAUGGAACAUCAAGAAGUAUUAUUACAAAAAUGCUCUUACUGUGACAAAGUUUAUAUGUGUAAAGUGUUUGCCGAGAGUGAUGAAGUCUGUCAAGACUGUGAACAUUUAAAGGUGACAGAGAAUAGCAAAUCUGCAGCCCAUUUACAAAGUUGUGAUAUUCUAGAUGAUAGACCUUUUAGAAAUAAGUUAGUAAGCAGAGAUAGUGAUCCUUAUCAUUGUGACACAUGUAGGGCUUCAUUCACCUUUAGAAGUGACCUGAGGAAGCAUGUAAAGCAGCAUUCAAGUAGAUACCCACAUUCAUGCAAAAAGUGUGGUGAGUCCUUUCAACAAGAAAUAUUCUUAUCAAAGCAUCACUGUGGUACACCUGUUACAGAUGUCAAUGUAAUUUCAAAUGGACAUUCACCAGCAACUGUAGACAGGUCUUCAGAGCAUAAGUGUAAUAAAUGCAAAAAAAUAUUUCCAAAGAAAUUCAUUUUAAAGGUGCAUUAUAGAAAGCAUACAGGUGUAAAACCUUUUAAGUGUAAAAUCUGUCCAAAGAUAUUCAUUUCAGCUACCCAUCGCAAGGUACACAUGAGAUGCCACACAGGGGAACUUCCAUAUGAAUGCAGCGAUUGUGGCAAAUGCUUUAGAAAGAAGUCGGACCUUGCAGGCCACUAUAAAACAUGUGAGAACCAAGAAAAGCAGAGGAACUGUAACCUCCAAGGGUUUAGGAUAUCCGUUAAAGAAGAACCCAUUGGAGAGGACAUAGAAGAGACAUCAGAGGGAAUUAGAGAGAAAGGGGCUUUCAUAGAAGGAAUAAAAAUGGAGGAUCCAAGUGGUGAUUGUAGCCUCAAACAAGAAUUAGUGGAAGGGGAGGAAAUCGUUCAUACUUCACAUACUCGGUCACUGAAAUGUAGGUAUUGUGGGCGUGCCUUCAAAUUCCAUAGUGUACUCCAAGCCCACGAACGAAGUCAUACAGGAGAGAAACCAUUUUCCUGUUUGGUCUGCAAUAAAGCCUUUUCCAAGAAGAGUAACAUGGAAGUCCACAUGAGAAUUCAUACUGGUGAGCGCCCAUUUCUUUGUGAUUAUUGCGGUAAGUACUUUGCUUACAAGUACAGCCUGGAAGCACAUAAGCGCUUACACACCCAAGAAAGACCCUUUGUCUGCAGCAUUUGCGGGAAAAGUUUCCGACACGAAGCAAGUAGGCAUGUGCAUAUGAAGAGACAUUUUGGAGAUCGGGCAUUCAAGUGUGACCUCUGUCCCAAGGCUUUUGUGGCAAAGGUCGAUCUGGAAGGUCAUCGAAGAACCCACACUGGAGAGAAGCCUUUUCAGUGUGAGCAGUGUAAUCGUUCUUUCAAAUUCAGACACCAUUUGACAGAGCAUCUCAGGUACCAUACUGGAGAGAAGCCAUACAAAUGCUAUUACUGUGACAUGACCUUUGCCCGUGCAGGGACUCGAAAGACACACAUGAAAAAGCACACAAGUAUCAUAAAGUGAGUGGGAGGACACGGAAAACCUAAUUCAACAUCACAACAAGGGCUUCCUGGUGAAAGUUGAAAGGCAUGCCAAAAAUUUUGCUCUGUGAUAAUUUUGCUAAGAUAUUUUGGAUAGGCAUCUGUAGUCAUUGACUGGUGGCUUGUCUGUGAAAUAUGAAUUAGGAAUUUAAUAUAUAUCUUAUUUUUGAUAAAGUUCUGUUAUGAUUAUGUAAAUUUAAGGAUAGCACUGAAAACAAAGAUCAUAAGACUAUGUAAUAAAUUAAUUGUUUUCUAAA